CGAUAGUCGUGAGUACCUGAGCCCGAUUCAAUUCUGAUUCAUGACGUGAUUGAGACAGAGAGGACUGCAGCUACACUUCAUAAUUGACGAGUCUUGAGUGCCAGCGUGAAAGGAACGGAGAUCAGAUCUUCUUCCCGCGUGCACCACUACCACCACCCUGACCCACACCCCAUCUCGACAGCAGACCUUGCUCGAGGGCAGAGCAGACCCAAAGCCGAUCUUCGAAAGGGAAUAAGCAUCAUCUUUAUGCUUCGUGCAGGUCUAAAAGUUCACCAACAAGCACCCUGAAUGAAGAGUCAGAAUCUGGAUUAACACCUGGACCAUCUCUUCGUGCGCACACGUGACGUGUUGUGCCCAUCAAGAUGCCGCUCGAUGCUAGCCAGACGUUGGGCGUCGAGGUUCCCAUUCCUCCCUACCUGCUGCUCCCGCUGCUCAAGUCGCCCUUGCAUGGCGAUGCCAACGCAUCUCCCUCCAUCCCAACACCGCCCAUCACCACGACGUACAAAGAGUGGACGCGAACCACGCACUUUUUGCCCGCCGCAUUUCCUCGCGCCCACACGCUUUGCGUAGCUCCAGCCUUGACACGUCCCACCCUCCCCACAUCCAAGGAGCACGAGCGACGAUUGCGCAAGGAAGAGUUUGGGCGUUGGAAAGAUCACUGGAAAGGAUUUUCUGCACAGGAUUACUUUCCUGCCAGGUCGGAGCGGGAGGCUGAUGAGACAGCACAGAGGUUGGCACAGGAACAACAGUCGACACCUCUUUGGAAUGUGGUGCAGAGAUGGUGCAGGAGAGGCUGCGAGGUGCCAGAGAAUGGACUGAUCCUUAUCGCUGCUCAUGCCAAUGGCAUGCACAAGGAGACGUUUGAGCCGUGCUUGGAAGCCUUGAUACACCACUCCAGCACGCCCAUAGCUGAGAUCUGGUCGCUCGAUACCAUCGACUCUGGCUUUUCGGGUGUGGUGAACGAGGGCAAGCUGGGCCCUUCAGCGUCUUGGUGCGAUCAAGCGAGAGAUCUCCUGAAUCUCAUUCAUCACUUGCCAGAGCCCGGACAAGCUGCUCCGGACGUGCUGAGAUGGAAAGAGAGGGGAGGUUUUGCAGGCACGAGACCCAUAGUGGGCAUCGGACAUAGCUACAGCGGCUCCGCAGUUCUUCGCUUGGCCUCAGCCGUUCCCACGGCGCUGGACGGAAUCAUCUUUAUCGAUCCCGUUCUUCUGCGGCCCGAAGUGCUCAGCAAGCGACCCAAGCCCGAGUUCAACGCUCGGGCUCAGGGAACAGUGGCAAGACGCGACGUCUUUUCGGACAGGCAAGAAGCGAUGCGAUAUUUCCAGUCCAGACCUUUCUUCAGCAAGUGGCAUCCUCGAGCGCUUCAAGCAAUGGUAGAACAUGGUCUAGUACCUCUGGAUCCCAUCUCCGCGCCGCAAGGUGCCGUGCGGCUAGCCAUGCAUCGAGCCAGGGAAGCGGCAGUGUUUGGUCAAAGUUGGCAAUCCACCUUGUCCUACGCUUCCGGUCUCAUCAAGCGGCACACUUGCAAAUUUCACGCCGUCCUCAUGGGCAAUUCGGACCUGAUCACCGACGGCUUUGCGGACAUCACGUUUGUAGAGGAUAUCAAGGAUUGGGGCGGUACUAGCCACAUCAUGCCCGGAAACCAUCUCGUGGUGCAAGAGCAGCCGGACAAGCUGGGCGAACAUCUCGCUACAGUGCUCGAUGCGUGGUACGCACAUCGACCCAGCUUCGAGGCUAGGUUAUGACACCACUGUCGUCGAUGCUGGACAUCCAGGAACUCACACGCAAGACGAAUAGAC